AUGUCACUUCACGGAAAAAACUACUCUGGUCCUCGAGAAGAUGAAGACUCGGAAGAAUACAUGGCGAUACUCCAUCAGGCAGAGGAGUUUGAGGAUGCCGAUGACUGGGAGAAGGCGUGCGAGGCACAGCAACGAGCCGUGAAGUACGCCGAAGAACACUACGGCGAUGAUUUAAAAGUCAAAAGCGGCCUGGCAUACAUCUAUCGUCAAUUGAGUCGUCAUCGGGAGGCGGAAGAGUUAGAUAGGUUCAUCCUCUCGAUGCGGCAGCAAAUCUUCGGCAGUGACCACGAAGACACGGUAGCGAGCCUCAAUAAUCUUGCAAUCGAUUUGAAGGCUCAAGGAGAAUAUGACGAGUCGCUGGAGCUUGACAAGAGGGCACUCGAUAUCAUGCUUCGUAUUGAGGGGGAGGAUUCUCAAAGCACGCAGACAAGCAUGCACAACCUGGCCAAUAGCUACUACAACAACGAGAACUACCAAGCCGCACUCGAACUGCAUCAAAGGACAUUAGAGCUCCGAAAUAAGACUCUUGGUCCGGAGCAUUUUCAGACGAUUAUGACCAUGGACCUGCUGGGUAGGGAUUAUGGUGCCUUGGACAGACUCCAGGACGCUGUAGCCCUUCAGGAGAAAGCCGUGGAAGCUGCCAAAACCCAUCUCGGCCCAUCCAACCAGACAACAAUCAAGUGCAGUCUUAACUUGGCGAGCACUUAUGGUCGGCUAAACCAGACCGGCGCUCAGGAGAUGCCCGGCGGAAGCUGGGAGUCCAAGUCAAUCCGUAUUCUUGAAGGCGUGGUAGAGAUGCAGCGGCAGGGUCCUGGGGAGGAUCAUUCAGAUACCACUGCCGCUAUGAAUAAUCUGAGCGUGGCAUAUUUCCGUGCCGGUCGCUUGCAAGAGGCCGUCCCUCUCAUGCAGAAAGUUGUCGACUGGAAUAUGGAGAAAAUGGGCCCAGAUCACCCCCAAACGAAAGCUGCGUCGGGCAACUUGGACUAUGUGUAUAGUAAACUUGGUUUGACUCGUGCUUCGGCCUUUUAA